UUUAUGGCGUUUUUAGCAACCAAGAUCAGGAUUUGGAGGUUAUCUAUGCCAGCAAGCAAAAUUUAUAUCACAAAUUGUAUCGGUUCGGUCGAAGUGCCAGUCCAAGCAAAGACAUGUGAAGAGAAGUUAAGAAAGCUAAUUGACUUAUUUUGGUUGUUGAGGCUUCUGAUCAAGGAAUCAUAUCAAGCCAUGGAUGAACUUAAGGAAUCUCAUGCUAGGAACAUAAAAGUAAAGGCUAGGAAGUUGGAAGGUUAUGAUAAAGUUACAAGCUUGUGA